AUGCUCGUGGCGGUGGCUGGGGCGUGGUGGUCUUGGAUUAACGGUGGUGUUUGGUGUUACGGUGAGUUCGGUUCGUCUGAGGAACCUUUGUCUAUGUGCUACGACGUUUGGCGAUUAACGUUAGGGAAUGUUUGUGGGCCCAGAUCGUUUUCGAAAUCUCAUGGGCUCGGGUUCAUAUUUGGGCCUGAAAUGGUCCAAAUUGAAACUACGAGAGACGGAUCAAUCUCAUCUUUCUCAUUGCCCCCAGAAGGAGAAGAGUUGCAGCAAAUAUGGAUUCAUAUUUCGCAUGUUCUGCGAAAAACGAACAAAAUUCACACAUAG